CGGAUCGCAAUUUGCUCGUCAAGGUGAUUUUCAUCAGAUGAAAUCACGUGUAGCUGUGGCUGUCACUACCAUUCUAGAACGGUGGACGUUAUAAUAAAAAAACCUCAUCAAUUUACUUAUCACUCACAUUCUCACAGAAUUAGAACAUCCAUCCAUAAGGUUGGAUCUUCUUGGAAAACCCAAAAUUUUGGUUUUGUUCAGUACUAAUACCAGUGAAGAAUAUGAAGCAAUCCAUAACCAUUGAGGCGCAGUUUAGAUGUGAAAAAUGUCGGUCCAAGGCCAUGGAAAUAGCUGUUACAGAAGACGGUGUAAUAUCAAUGGCUUUUAAGGGGGCCAAUAGAGAUCAAAUGGUGAUUACUGGAGACGGAGUUGACGCAGCGCGGCUGGCCAAGUCAUUGAGGAAGAAGCUUGGCUAUGCAGACUUGCUGAGUGUAGAAGAAAUAACCGAAAUGAAACCGCAGAAGAAAAGUGCACCUGAAUGAGAAAAGAAAACUGAACAUGCAUAUGUUACUACUCCACUUCCAGGAGAAAUUUUUUUAUCUCACCAUCCUCAGCAGUUGGAAUUCUACAUCAGUGACCCACCACCAAGGAGUACUAGCACCAUUUUGUAGGGGGAACUUUCAUCAUUUCAGGGAAGGGGCUGUUUGCUUGGAAGUCAUAAUCUUAUUUUAAAUGAAUUUCGCAGUUUUGAUAAUCUAACAUAUUUAAAAUUUAACAAGAUCAGGUGAUCAUUUUGACAUGGUGGUUGACCUUUAGCUUGCAAUAUCUUAAUCUCACAUUGGUAAUAUGAUGGGGAUCAGG